AUUCGGCGAAGGAAAAAAGCGGGAACCACUGAUAACAAACGUCACGGCGUCGAGGGCAUCGAUUUUCCACGAACACCACCCACCGUGCACCGAAAUAAACAAAACAAACUACCCACGGGCACCACUUUCUUGUUCGCGCUCAGCGUAGCACCUUUCUACCCACCGGAAACGGGGAUCCACGCUUUGAAGGACACGGCUAGCAGGACACGUAAACGAGCAACAGUAACAGGAAGAAAAAAAAAAGGUCGUGCAGGCAAUCCCGAGUGGUGCUUCAUUUUGCUCGAGUACUAUUCAAACCCAUCUGGAAAGGGUGCGCGAUCAGCAAAAAGGUUCCGUGAGAGCGCGGUGAAGGAGAUACCCGUGAGCUGCUAUUGUUUUAGCGGCAUUGGAGACUAAUUUGCCUGCCGCAGGUUCGUGCUUCCUUUGCCAUUGCUAUCCCAGUUGGCCACGCUCGGUCGGUCGCGGUGUUUUGUGUGUGUGCACUUCGUGUCUACGUCAAAGUGCGCCUGUCGUCGUCGUCGUCGUCGCUGGGCGGAUACCGCGCCGGGGACAUUCUUUCGCAUCGCACCCGUUGCGUAGUCGUUCAAGAUAGGUCAAACUAGAAGCAUGUCCAUGAACGAGGGCAUUGCAGUGGUCACGAAGGUGGUAUCGACCGGUGUGCGCCGUGCCCCGGAACCGGCCACGGUGCUGACGCGCGAAGAUCUUGACGCAGGCCCGGUCAGCUUGGACGAAAUCGAACCAGGCCUUUGGCUGGGCAAUGCGUCCGCCGCGGCCGACGUCGGCACGCUGGAAAGGCACACCAUCCGGAGCAUCCUGUCGGUGGAUUCCGUGCCGCUGCCGGUGCACAUCACCGACCAUCCGAAUCUUCGCGUGCGCCACAUCCAGGCGGCCGACGUGCCCCGCGAAGACCUGAUACGGCACUUCGAGGAUAGCAAUCGGUUCAUCGCGGACAGCCUGGCCGAGGGCCGUCACGUGCUGGUGCACUGCUACUUCGGCGUGAGCCGCAGUGCCACGAUUAUGAUUGCGUACAUCAUGCAAAAGUAUCGGCUCGGGUACGAGGCCGCCUUCCAGCGGGUGAAGGCGAAGCGGCGCUUCGUGAUGCCGAAUCCGGGCUUCGUCAAUCAGCUCAAGCUGUACGGGCGCAUGGCGUACCGGAUCGAUCGCACGAACGAGCGGUACAAACUGUUCCGCCUGCGGCUGGCGGGCGACAAUGUGCGGAAAGCCAAACGGCUGCCGACGGAGUGCAUGGACGUGGUGAAGCCGGACCCGGGCGUGACGCAGGAAUCGCCCGAACCGUACGUGUACCGGUGCCGCAAGUGUCGACGGGUGGUUGCGUCCCGGAGCAACCUGCUGCUGCACAAACCGAAAUCGGCCACGGUGGCACAUUCGCCGGCAAAGGUUGGCCGCGAACCAGAAGCUACACUUGAGGAGGAGGAGGGGGAGGAAGAGGAGCAAGAAGGGACUGGUGGCGACGGUGCUGAGGGUGGCAGCAGACCGCACGAAGCUGAUGGAGAAAAUGUGCCAGACGGUACCAUGGCAACGGGAUCAUCAGCUGUGGACGGUGGCGGGGUGAACGAGCUGGGCGAGAAAGUGCGCCGCUGUUCGAUUAGCAGCGAGCAUAGCAACCGGUCGUCGGAGAAGGAUACGCCGAUGUGCAACAAAAUAUUCUUCAUCGAGCCGCUCGCCUGGAUGACGGACAUCUACCGCAACACGCAGGGCCGGCUGUACUGUCCGAAGUGUACGGUCAAGCUGGGCAGUUUCAACUGGGUAAUGGCCACCAAAUGUCCGUGCGGAGCGGAAAUAUUUCCAGCGUUUUAUCUUGUUCCCUCGAAAACGGAAUACUCGACCGUGGUUCAAAACGUGCAAGUGACGGUGUAAUUCAGUUUGGUCGAGCGCACCUUUGAGCGAUACCAAAGAUAGCAACAACAGCAGCAGGAGCAGCAGCAGUAUGUGUGAGGAAGCGAGCGGCCCAGCUUCAUACAAUAUUUAUUGUCGCCCUUUAUUUAUUAUUGCUGCCCAAUUUCAUUAUGUUUGAGGAUUUGCGUCAUGAGGACUUUGUUUAGGGUAAAUGGAAUCGACAAGCGUGUGAACAUGGCAGCCAGCAGCUCAUCACAGCACCGAUCUUCAUGGAGAAAGGAUUCAAAGGAGCCGUACCCAUAGGAAGAAUGGCGUAUUUUUUGAAGAGGACAGAUAAGAGAUACUUGAAACGCGGGAAAGAAGGGAGAAGAGAAAAAAAACGCUUCACAAUAGCUGAUGCUGCGGUGGCGGCAGCUGGAAAACUUUCUCAUCGCGAAUGGCGCAUGGCGGUGGUCGGCCGUGCUGUGAUCGAUGGAAAAUAGCUAAAAAUAGGUCAAUUGGCGUAUUUACACAUCCUUCUCGUGUGGCUGAACAUCAAAUGGAACGAUGGUUAUGACGGCGAUGAUGAUGAUGAUGGUGAUGAUGAUGAGUUAUACGACAAUGACACAUUGACGCGAGAAACUCUCGUCAUCCUGGUUUGAGUGAUCGACAAAAAAAGAAGGAAACCGACAGCAGCGCAGCAGUGAAAUAGGAUUCUUUUCCCAUGGCAUCGUCCGUCGACGAAUGGGAAGGAAUGGGAAGUAAUGAAAUCGAUAUAGGAUUAGAGCGGCAUAGAAAUGGAAGAAACCUCAACACAAACAAUUAUCACACCAGACCGGAAGUGAAACAAUGAAACGACGAGAUGUCCUUCCGAGUGUAACGAUUACAGCCACGCUCUGCACACAAUGGCUUUUGUUUCAGCAUACGCCUUGCCUUUCUAACAGAUUUUUUUAAAAUAUUUGUGGACAAAUUUUUGUUCUUUUAAUUUCAAGACUUGCUUACAAGUGACUGAUGCGCGCAAAAACUACCUUCUUUGGAUUAGGCUCCACCAAAGCCGAAGCUGCUGCUGCCACGAUACAAUUGAAUUGAUACUACAAAAGCGUCUUCCGGCAGCCAGGAAAAAAAGUAGAAAAAAAGUUAUUUAUGAGCCAAAAACAUUUGCAAAAGAGCUUCUACCGUUUAGUAUACAUUGUUCUACGUAAGUAUUAUGCUGCUUUGCAUUGCAAGCGGUCGUUGGCGUUGAAGGAAGAUAAAAUAGCAUCUAGCAGUAGGCAAGCAGAGAAAACCAGUAGAGAAACGUAUUUAAUCUUCUGUAGAAAACAUGCGUAGCAAGAAAAAAGAGAAAAGGCAUUGCUCUCUCUCUCUAUCUCUCUCUCUCUUAACGUAACAAUACAAUAAUCUAUACAAUUUGCUACCUUAUUUACGGACUUAGAAAAUUGUGUCGUGCUAGUUGUCGUACUGCAGAAACGGGAAAACACACAUACACACACACACACAC